AUGAUUCAGGGAAUUAGUGAUAUUGAGAGCAAUGAUAAGGCAAUUAAAGAGGCAAAUAAGGAACUUGGCACUGAAGUCACGGCUCUAGGUAAGUGGGGUGAGGCCGCCAAGGAUGUUAUCACCAAGGCGGAGGUGAAGUGUGACAAAAUUCUGGAGAAAGUUAAGACAGAUGCUCAAGGCCCGAUUUAUAAGCAAGCUCAAAUAUUAAAAGAGAAGAGAACAGAGCUUUAUAAUGCUGCGAAGUUGGCCAAGCAGGCUGUUGAGGCUCAAGUAAAAUCGGCCUUGCAGGCUGUUGUAAAAAUGGACAAAAGUCUUAAGAUGGAUUUGAAGAAAGUUAAGGAGGAGAUUAAGGAUGGGAUUGCGGAGGUGAUUCAGAAGUUGAAAGUUACUGAGUUAGAUUCUUUGGUGAAGAUUGAUUUGGGGACGUUGAGGAAGAGGAUUAGUGAUCUAAAAGAUAAAGUUACAGACUCUGCUGGCGAUGGAAAUGGAAACAUCGUCGGCAAGCAGUUAGAGGACCUUAAAGAUAAGUAUGCUACGCUGGAUAAAAUUACUCAUAAUGGUGAAAAAUCAAUCGUGUCUCUGACUGCGGGACUUGAAGGUAAGUUUAAGGAUAAUAUCCAACAGCCGCUUAGCGAAGAGGUCAAUAGAGUUUACGCGGCGAUUGGUAAGGUUGGUGAGAAGUUUGAAGGUAAGAGUAAUAUUGAAGGAAUUUUCAGACAUAUUAAAGAUAGGGUUGGGGAGAUUAAGGGGGAGUCAGGGCAAAAAAAGAGUAAAUGGUAUCUUGAAGAUGGUUCAGGUCUCCUUGGCAUUGAGGGUGCGAUAAAUCAUUAUUUUGAGGCGUUUUCCACUGGGCAUGAUUUUAAAUGGAAAAUAGUUAAAGGCUGGCUGGAUGAUAUGUUGCCGCACAACGGCGUGGUGAAAAAGAUACUUAAGGGGCUAGGGUGGGAUGAGAAGAGAGGCGAUUUUCUGCCGACUGCGUUUAAUGUGAACCAUAGUCUGACGGAGAAAAUUAGGGACACGCAGAAUCUUAGCACAGAAAUUCAGAAAGGCGUUGACGUGUUCAAAGGUCAACAAUCCACCGCCGGCAUUCAAGAAAAAAUUAAAGCUGUCAAAACAGCCUGCGAGACGUUCGCUGACGCUCUGGAUGAGAAGCUCAAGAACUCGGGAAAUGGAAUAGUCUCUGAGGUUAAGGGUGUGGAGGGGCUGAAGAAAAGCGGCGUCCAAGACCCCAAAUGCAUCUGCGACUGCUAUAAUUGCAACUACUAUGGUGGAGAAGGGUGUGCCAAGAAAGCUGCCGCCGAAUUGAUCAUGUGCGCACUCACCGCUGUGUCCCGGCAGGUGGGCAAGGAGGUUGAUUCCCUUAUGCUCGCCGACUACAGGAUGGGCGGCAAGGGCAGUAAUAUGAACAUCGCAAAGGCGUUGGAUCAAGCUGUUGCAGCGACAAACAAGCUUCACGGUCAGCUCACCGCGGCGACUGCUACCAACCAAGGCACCGACCCAAAUGUAAGCCCCGCCCAAGCCGUGGACAAGAGGUUGGAGGCAGUGAGGGAUGAGGUGAAUACCAACAUUACGAAUAAGUUUAAAAGCAAUGUAAUAAACCAACUUGAGAUUGAGGUCAAGAAACUUCCCGACGCCGUUAAAGAGUUCGACGAGAAAGCUCAAGCACAGAUCAAGGCUGCGGCCAAGAAGGCUAUCACAGAGGCGGCUGGGCAGAUUAAGGAAGCUAAUGGUAAAAUAGAGUUUAAUGACGAUUUUAUGAAACAGUUUAAGGAAACCUACGAACCGAUCAAAACUGAUUUACAAAAACAACUUGAGCAAAAAGUUUAUGACCAGUUACCUAAGGCCGGCGGUACAAAGGAAAAUACCCAUGUCAAACUCCAAGGUGCUCCCAACAUUAAUAGUUAUAAUGGUCACGUUGGUCGAAAACACAUUGAAGACCUCAAGAGCGGUGAUACCCUAAAAGGCAUUAAAAGCGGAGGCUCUCUUCCACUGGCGAUCGGGAAGAUCACAAGUGAUGCGAUGGCAGGCCCUUUUGCCUGA